AUGUCCGUUUCGGAAUCGGCAAGGGUGGGCCUGGGCAAUAAUGCGGCCAGUAUGGCCAAUCUGGCCAAGAUCGUCAAUCUAAUCGAAUCGAAUGUGCGGACGGAGGAGGAGACGGAGACGGUGGCGAAGGCGGAGGCGGAGGCGGAGGCGGAGGAGGCGGUAUCGAAGAGAUCCACCAGAUCCGGAACCAGAACCGGAACAGGAACUGGAACAGGAAUUGGAAGUGUUAGUAGUGUUCGCCUGGCCAGCAGCAGUGCGCCGCGUAGAAGCGCCUGUGCCACAUCGUAUGUGCCCAAAUCGCCGCAAUUGGAGGAAAUCAUGAUCGCGAAGCCCACCUGCAGCGAACGAUUUGCGCGCUACUUUGUGAUCGUGAUCUACGUUUGCGGACUCUGCGGCCUGGGAUUCAUCCUGUCCAUCUACCACAUCUUCUUCUGGGACUCACGCAUGCCGCCCGUUUUCAAGGGCCAAAAGAAGGCACCUGUCUUCGGCUAA